AUGAAUGGAUCCUUCUUCAACCAGAGCCUCCUGGAGCAAGGAGCAUACCCCAACAGGACCCGGGGUUUGGGACUGCUCCUGGCCUGCUGCAAUGGGACCGGCUCGGUGCUGGCACCCGACGGUGGCUCCUCGGUGCUGGCACCCGACGAGCGCAGUCUGUACAUCACACGCGUGGUGCAGAUCGCCGUCCUCUGCGUCCUCUCCUUGACUGUGGUGUUUGGCAUCUUCUUUUUGGGCUGCAAUUUGCUCAUCAAGUCGGAGAGCAUGAUUAACUUUUUGGUGAAAGACCGAAGACCUUCCAAGGACGUGGGAGCCGCGAUCAUGGGGCUCUACUGA